GUUUCUCCAGAGUGAGCUCCGGGGUCAGUGUUGACAGGCUGCUUUGUUCAUCCACACUAAGUUCAGGUGUUUGGAUUUAUACUAAUGACUGACAAGGUUUUUCGGACAAAAUGAAAACAGAAUAUUCUUUAGAGAAGAGCAGCAGAACUCAAGGAGUCUCUUUUGCAGAAGAUGAUUUCCGUAAGAACACUGAAACUUUGGCCUCCAAUCCAGAACCUUCGGGUUUGGACAACAACCAAACAGCUCAACCUUCCCUGUUCAGAAAAUACCAGCAAAGCCUUCAGACCCUCCUACCUUUCCGCUGGUCCUCACCAAAUCCACACCCUAUAGACAAUGCAGGUUUCCUGUCCUUUUCCACCUUCGUCUGGAUGACACCCAUGAUGUGGGCCAUUUUCAGAAAUAGGCUGGACAUGAACUCCCUCAACUUGUCUCAUUUUGAUUCCGCCGACAGCAGUGGAGAAAGGCUGCACAGACUCUGGAAGGAAGAAGUGGCAGAAGUGGGCCUGGAGAAGGCCUCUUUGGUUCGAGUGGUUUUUCGCUUUCAGAGAACCAGGCUGAUUCUUUCCGUCUUUAUUGGUAUCCUUGCUAUGUUGGCAGCAUUUAUUGGCCCGGCUGUUCUGGUCUAUGAGCUCCUAAACUAUGCUGAUAACCCAGGGGAUUCCACAGUGUAUCAUGGUGUUGGUCUGGCCAUUGGUUUGUUCAUCUCAGAGUUCAUGAAAGCCUUCCUUAUAUCCUUACUAUGGGCGAUGAACCUGCGUACAGCAGUCCGAAUAAAGGGUGCCUUCUCUUCAAUGGCUUACCAGAAAGUGAUCUCUCUGCGGGUGCACAGCGGCGUGUCAAUGGGAGAGAUGAUAAAUGUUCUGACCAAUGAUGGCUACCGGUUGUUUGAGGCGGUGUUGUUUGGGAGCUUUGUGCUCUCCUCUCCAGUGCUCUUCUUCGUGUGUGUCAUCUACGCCUGCUUCAUUCUGGGCUACACGGCCCUGACUGGAGUCUGCAUCUACAUCAUCUUCAUCCCUGUUCAGGUCUGUACAAUGCACACUGCCACAAACUGCACAUAUCAGGUCAGCAAUGCAAAGAUGUUCAUAGCUGGUGAAACGUGUGGACCAUCUCGUCAAAGCUUCAACAUGACACAUUCAAAUGUAAAAAGUUAUACAAAGACAGCCAUGAGACUCAUAUCACUUAUAUCAUAUCACCCGGUACGCCAGGAGAAGCCCAGCACCAUGUAG